GUGAUAUGAUAAAGGGCAUGUGAAGAUAAAACAGCAAAUUUUGUUUUCUUUUGCCUCUUUCCCUGUCUGAAUGGGAAGCAACGGUCAAUCUUUUGUCCUUCGGCAGGUGGAGAAAUAGAGGGACCAAGGAUGUUCGGAAUUUGGCUACAACAGUCACGGGAAAUUGUUCUAAACCUUCACUCCUCUGCCAGAACUUAUAUAUCUCUUUCUUCAAUCUCUCUCUCUUUCUCUUUCUUAUCCUCCAUGAGUGGCUUCUCUUUUCCUUCAAGAAAAAUUGUACAUGUCUAAGAGCUCCAUGGCUUCUAGUUCUUCCUUUUCUUGCUCCCCUUUAUCUCAUGAUUAUGAGAGACCAGAUCUUGAAUCCAUAAAAGCACUUGUACUUGCAAUAAAUGAAUACUUUCUUGAGUUCUUAGGAAAUGCUGAUUUAUGGAAUUCUUUGAAAUCUCAGUGCAUUUCUAAGCUAAAUAUUAGAAAUCAGGAGUUCUUUGAAUUCUCUGAGCAUUCAGUCCUCUCAAAUCUUUACUGGGGCAUUGAAAACAUUGAAGCUGCAAUACAAGCAAAUUGCACAGGAGAGAAAACUACUCGGUUAAUGAACUCGGAAAGAAUGCUUCAAGCCCCAGCAUUGCUUGAUGAACAUGGAGUCACAGCUGGAAUUCAAAACCAUUAUUUGGUUUGCUGCUCAUAUUUUUACCUCUCAGCAGUUAGGAAGCUCCAAAAUGAUGAGUGGCAGGUUGCCCUGCAUUUUCUCCAAGCAAUUUUGGUCUCUCCAAGACUUGUUCGAACCCAACUUGCACCAGAACUGUGUGGAACUCUCUUUCCAUCAAGCACUGUUUUGGAAAUGGGGAUCAUGGUUCGAAAGAAUGAUAAUGAAUCUGUCACAGAUUUUCUUAAUGAGGCCAAUAUCAAUGAUGCAGUCAGGGAUAUAACAAGAAGAUGCAAACACUGGCUAAUGUAUUAUCAGAUCAUGUUAUAUGGAGCAACUCCUCAGUGGAAUUGCAUUAGCAGAAGUACAUCAUCCUAUAAUGGAGAAUCACAGCAUUUUUGGCAAGUGACUAACAGCAGUAACUCUUCAAAUUCAAUUGAGGAGGGACACUUCGUGCAAAAAUACAAGUUAAUGCAGGAUGAGAAAGUGCAUCCACUUGAUCCUCAAGAAUAUACAGCUGAUGAUACUGCAGACAAAACUAAGACAUGCAUGGAAAUUCAAGAACUUAAUGAUAAUAAUAAAUCUUUUAAUCAUUUGGAUCAAGUUCCAAAGUUAAAAAUUCACACUGAAAAGUAUACAAGCAUCAAAUGCCUCCAGGAAGUAUUGUUGGAAUCCCAAUCAGAUACACCAACUUCAGUAAAUUCAAGCUACAGUUAUUAUCUGGAAGAAGAUGAUGUGGAGGUAAACAUCGAUGAAAGUACAAGCUCAAUUAGAACUGCAGGUGAAGAUGAUCUGCAGCCAGCAGUUUGUGAACAGACACCACAGGCUUCUUGCUUGAAAUUAGAUCAAAUAUGCACAAUGAUGGUUUUUCCACAUGCUUCUCAACAAAAAGUGCAGGAAGUUGAUCCAGUAAAUAUUAGUAGAUUAUAUUCUGGUAGAUGCCCAAGUUCUAUCAGCGAUUUUGAUUUAUCCAUCUUGGAGCUUAGAAAUAGAAAGUCAGGCUCCUUCCUAGAUUGCAAUGUUGAAGACAAUUCAGCUCAGAGGCCACAAUGGAGACACAAGGCCCAAGUGACUGAUCAAGAAGCAACCACAGCACUUAAGAAUUGUAGGCUUAUGCAGAGGGAUGACCACAGCCAAAAUAGCAUGAAUGAAUUUUGUCUGCAUUCUGGAAAGGAUUCCAACAUCGAGUUAAUGACGAUAUUUGAGAAAGCUAUUUCAAGGCUAUGCUUCUCAGAAGGAUUAGCAAAAUGUGAAGAAGAAUAUGCUGUAGAAGUUACAUCCGUUUACAAAAUGUUAGACUGCAAAAAAGGAAUAAAAUACACAAUCUUAAAGGAAAUUAUUCUGGAUCAGCUGCUAACUGCUAUAUCAAAUUCUAAAGGGGAAAAUGUCUUAAGGGCAUCGAUAUCUAUUCUUUCAACUAUUGCAUCAAUAAACAAGUCAGCUAUAGAAGAUAUCAAGAAGAAGGGUUUGAGGUUAUGCGAUUUGGCAACUGCUCUAAAGCAAAAUGUGCAUGAGGCAGCUAUUCUUAUCUACCUGAUAGAACCAUCUCCAGUAGAAAUAAAGACAUUAGACAUUCUUCCAGAAUUGAUGGAGAUAGUGUGCACUUCAAAUAGAUAUAAAGGAAAACCAGCUUCAGAACUGCUGACACCUCCUGCAGCAUCAUUGAUGAUUAUUGAAAUACUAGUAACUGCAUUCGACUGUGCUACUAAUAACAUGCACUUGGCUGCUAUCAAUUCUCCUCGAAUUCUUAGUAGGAUCUUAGAUGUUGCUAGAGAAAAUAAUUUGGAAGAGUGCAUCUCUAUGGCCAACAUUUUGAUAAAAUGCAUGCAGUUUGAUGGACAAUGCAGAAAACAUUUAUCACAAAUUACUCCUGUGGCUCCAUUUAAACAUCUCCUAAAAAGUAAUGUGAAGCGUGCCAAGUUCACAGCUCUUCAGUUUUUCCAUGAAAUCCUUUGCAUGCCAAGGUCAUCAGCCAUUAGCCUUUUGCUACGGAUACGUAAAGAAGGAAUUGAUGAGAUUAUGCACUUGCUGUUGCAGUGUGUCCAACAACUUCAACCUGAUUACCAACUUCUGGCAGCAAAUUUAUUUCUGCAAUUAGAUGCUUUGGAACAUUCAUCUGGAAAAAGUAUGUUCAUGGAAGAGGCCAUGCAAAUCAUCCUCAAGUCAGUGGGGUCUGAAGAAAACUCUACUUUGCAGCAACUAUCUACUUUCAUUCUGGCAAACAUUGGAGGAACUUAUAGUUGGACAGGGGAACCAUACACAGUUGCAUUGCUGGUGAAAAAGGCCGGUGUGACCUCUGUGUAUCAUCGGAAUAUGAUCAGAAAUUUUGACUGGUCAGAUGAAAGCCUGCAGGAUGCAGGAAUUGACUCAUGGUGUAGCAAGAUUGCAAAAGGCAUCAUUAGUACAGGAAGACCUGUCUUCCAAGCUUUAGAUACAGGUAUAAGAAGUAAGAUCAGGAAGGUCUCUCGGAACUCUCUCACAGCAAUUGCAUGGAUUGGAUGUGAAAUUUCCAAGUAUCCAAACAGCCUAAGAAAUUCUGCAUGUGAAAUACUGCUUAAUGGGAUUGAGCAAUUUCUGCAUCCAGGAGCAGCAUUUGAAGAAAGACUUCUUGCCUGUCUGUGCAUUUAUAACUACACUUCAGGCAAAGGGAUGCAGAAACUAAUCCAUUUCUCAGAAGGGGUAAGGGAGUCCCUAAGACGUUUUUCAAGUGUAACCUGGGUGGCUGAGGAACUACAUAGAGUAGCAGACUUUUAUUUGCCCAACAAUUCUCGUAUAUCCUGUGUACAUACACAAAUUUUAGAGGCAAAGCACAACAGCAGUGGAGCAGUAACUGCUCUUAUCUAUUACAUGGGACUGCUUUUCAGUGGCUAUUCUGAUGGUUCGAUUAAGGUGUGGGACAUCAAACAGCAGUCAGCCACUCUUGUAUGGGACCUGAAAGAGCACAAAAAGGCAGUCACAUGUUUUUCACUCUUUGAACCUGGGGAAAGUCUUCUAAGUGGAUCUUCUGAUAAGACAAUCAGGGUUUGGCAAAUGGUCCAUAGAAAAUUGGAGUGCAUUGAAGUUAUAGCAAUGAAGGAAUCAAUUCAAAAGAUAGAAACAUAUGGCCAAAUGAUUUUUAUUAUCACCCAAAGCCAUGGGAUGAAGGUGUUUGAUUCAUCCAGAAUAGUCAGAGAGAUAAGCAAGACUAAGAAGGUGAAGUGUAUGACUGCAAUCCAGGGAACGCUUUACAUAGGCUGCAUGGAUUCAAGCAUACAGGAAUUAGCCAUUGCAAACAAUAGGGAGAGAGAGAUCAAGCAGCCAAUAAAGAGUUGGAGGAUGCAAAAAAAGCCCAUCAAUUCUAUUGCUGUGCACAAAGAUUGGCUUUACAGUGCAAGUUCAAUCGUUGAGGGUUCAAAAGUUAAGGAAUGGAGAACACAUUACAAGCCCCAAAUGUCAAUAGUAAUAGGGAAAGGCAGAAACAUAGUAGCAAUGGAAGCAGUAGAAGACUUUAUAUACUUGAAUUGCAGCUCAUCAACUAGUACCCUUCAGAUAUGGCUGAGAGGCACACAACAGAAUGUGGGAAGGAUAUCAGCAGGCAGCAGAAUAACAAGCCUCAUCACUGCCAAUGACAUUGUUCUAUGUGGUACAGAGAAAGGAUUAAUCAAGGGCUGGAUACCACUCUAAAGGCAAAAGUAUUAUGUGAAGUGGCUAGAAAAUUCCACUACUGGUGUUUGGAGUCAGAUUUAAAUUUCAUGUAAAUAUAUAGCCAAGAAAGAAUAGAACUAUCAUUAUCAAAAUCAUAUGUUGAAAAAAUAUAGUUUUGUUAUUUGUAUUACAGUUGAACAACAAACCUGGAGAUCAUGAAAAAUUAAUUUAUAGCACUCCCAGGCCGCUUUUUUGGUUUUAAUUGAUCAUUGUAUACUAUUGGAUCUAAAUCUAAUGGGUAAUUUUUAUAA